CUGCACGGUGUUUGCUUGUGCUCUCAGCCUGAGCCCUGCCCUUUGCUGCUGAUGGGAGAGUUUUCCAGAGGUCCUGGCAAGAAGCUCCGUGAACGUGCUGACGCUGAUUUCGACGUUAAUCUGCGGCACAUUUUUAAGGGGCGGCCGGGAGAAAUCCCAACGCUGCUCCCAUGCAGCGCCGCGCGCCCGCCCUAUUGAGAUGAAAUCUCACGGAUGGAAUCAAGCGGACGCGGCUGCUGCAUCAGCGUCCGAGCAAAGUGCUGCCCUGGGCAGACGCAGCCCAUAAAUAGCGCGGCUGCAGCUGGGCAUCGCCGCAGGACACAACAAGAGAGGUGCGCGGUGCAGCCGGGCUGGGGCGAGGAGCGGUGCUGCGGGGUGUGAUUGACCGCAAUUAACCGUAAUGGCACGCGUGGGGCUUGCUUGGAUCCCCGCUCCUAUUAACCCUGUAGCAGUGGGGAGGGUCAGGUGCCUCACCUGAAGCCGAUGCUGCGUUAACGGCCGCGAUUUGGGUUUUCCAGGCACGAUGACCGAGCAGCAGAGUCCCCCCGAGCAGAUGGUGACUGGGGAGGGCGCUGGUGAGCGCGGUGGCAAUUAUAAGAUCACCAUCUAUGAACUGGAGAACUUCCAGGGCCGCAGGUGUGAGUUGAGCGAGGAGCUCCCCAACGUGGUCGAGAAAGCUCUGGAGAAGGUGGGCUCCAUCCAGGUGGAGUCCGGCCCGUGGCUGGGCUUUGAGCGGCAGGCCUAUGCUGGGGAGCAGUUCGUGCUGGAGAAGGGUGACUACCCGCGCUGGGACUCCUGGUCCAACAGCCACAACAGCGACAGCCUCAUGUCCCUCCGCCCCCUCCAGAUCGACAGCCCUGACCACAAGAUCCACCUCUUUGAGAAUGCUGGCUACACCGGGCGCAAGAUGGAGAUCGUGGAUGACGACGUGCCCAGCCUGUGGGCCCACGGCUUCCAGGACCGCGUGGCCAGCGUCCGGGCCCUGAACGGAACGUGGGUGGGCUAUGAGUACCCGGGGUACCGGGGCCGCCAGCACGUCUUUGAGAAGGGCGAGUAUCGGCACUGGAACGAGUGGGAUGCCAACCAGCCCCUGAUGCAGUCGGUGCGCCGUGUGCGGGACCAGCAGUGGCAUCAGCGUGGCUGCUUCGAGAACAGCUGAGCGUCGUGCCGGCCCUGCGAUGGGCGGUGGUGAUGCUACCGCCGGUGCCAUCAGUUUGGUGUUCUUUGUGCAAAAACCUCAA